AUGGAGCUAGCGCAGCCCAGGGACCUGGGGCAGGACUUGGCUCUGGGUAAAAGGAGGCACAACGAGCUGUGCAGGCAGAAACGGGUCUUCAACGCCAGGAACCGGAUCGGGGGGGGAGACACAGAAGCCUGGGAUAUUCAGGUUCGAGACCAGAAGAUAAAAGAAGCAACAGAGAAAGCUAGACAUGAAACUUUUGCUGCUGAAAUGAGGCAUAAUGACAAAAUCACAUGCAUAUUGGAAGGCCGGGAAAGGAGAGAUAAGAGAAGCCUCUGUAAAGCCAUCAAUGACUUCCAGCAGAGCUUCCAGAGGCCAGAAACGCGCCGUGAAUUUGACCUAUCUGACCCCCUAGCCCUUAAGAAAGAUCUUCCAGCAAGACAGUCAGAUAAUGAUAUUCGGAAUACCAUAUCGGGAAUGCAGAAAUUCAUGGGAGAGGAUUUAAAUUUCCGGGAGAGGAAGAAAUUCCAGGAGGAACAAAACCGAGAGUGGUCCUUGCAACAGCAAAGGGAAUGGGAGGAUGCCCGUGCCCACCAGAGAUGUGCAGAGGACCUGUACUUGAAGACAAGGCUGCAGUUUGAUGAAACAGCCAAGCAUCUACAGAAUCUGGAGAGCGCCACCAGAAAGGCGGUUUGUGUAGCUGUGAAAGAAUUCAACAAGAGCCAGGCCACCGAAUCACUGGAAAGGAAAAUUCAAGAGAAAAAACAGGAACAAGAAGACAACGUGGCUGAGAUCUCCAACCUGCUGCACGGGGACCUGCUCUCAGAGAACCCACAGCAGGCAGACAGCUCCUUCGGGCCCCACCGCGUGGUGCCAGACCGCUGGAAGGGCAUGACCCAGGAGCAACUGGAGCAGAUCCGCCUGGUUCAGAAGCAGCAAAUCCAGGAGAAGCUGAGGCUUCAAGAAGAAGAGCGGCAGCGAAACAUGGACUGGGACCACCGGUGGGUGCAGAUGGCUCGAGCCGCCCUCCUCCUGGAGCGGCAGCAGCGGCGCCAGCAGCGUGACCUCCGCAGGGCCCUGGACUACAACAACCUCAGCCUGGCCAAGGAGCAGCGUUUGCAGAAAAAAUAUAUGGAGGAAAUUUGUACAAAUGAACCCACUGAAGACUAUUUCGCGCAAUUUAAUACAAGAAGUCGGUAA